AUGGAGUACGCGCACCAAGCAACUCCCCCAAUGGGGCAAUCACCAUUCUUCUACUACAACCCAGAGCCAAGUCCAGAAAACCGACAACAUGGACACUUCACGCCGCACCCACAGCACCCACACGGUCUGCCAAUGGCCAUUGUGCCAUCGAGUCCUCAGCACGCGAUGCACUUCCAGCAGCCAAUGUACCACCGCCCACAAUCCGCCGGCAUUCCCGUACAUUACCAACACCAGCACGCCUAUGGCCCAAUGCUCACCCCAGAUGCUUCCCCGCGUCAGCACCAGAAGCCCACAUUUAUGGUGCCGCAGCCGCUCCCACAGCAAGACGUUCACGGCUUGAUGGUCGACACUGAAUGCCACUACUUCCCAGCGACGCCCACGCUCUCUGCAUCGGGCUCAUUCAGCUCAGUCUCGACUCCUCCGUCGACAUGCGACAUUGUGCCAACUCCGGUCAACGGUCAAGGCGUGUUCUUCGCCAAGCCACAAAUGGUUUUCCAGCCAGCGGUCAAGCAGGGCUGUGAGGAAGAGGUGUUCCAAGAGGUGCUGGCUGGUGGUGACUGGACUCGUCCGGGCUCACCUCCCAUGACGCCAGUUUUCCUGCACAACAACUCGGUGUCUGCUGCGAGCGGCACGUCGUACGAGAUUGCGACUGGGUCUACCCAGGUCUCUCCUUCCCCGUCCCCGGUGCCAAGAAGCGUCGCUUCCGAGCAGGACGUGUGCGACCCCCGAAAUCUGACCGUGGGCAAUGCCGCUGGUGAAUUCACCAACCUGGCGACGCUCUGCCCCGGUGACGACGAGGAACACAAGUCGGCGUUCAAGGGCGACUUCGCGGCGCCGCAGCACGAGCCGCACGUCCAGAUUGCGGCCCCUGCUGAGCUAAUCAGCUACGGGGGCUACCCGACUUUCGAGCCAAUCUUCGAACUCGACAACGAAGACGACUACUCCGGCAUGGUCGCCUACUCCCAACCCGAAGUCCACUACAACGGCAGCAAGCGCCAACGCCUCGACCUCGUCCCCGGCCUCGUCGAAGACGACGGCUUCUUCAGUGAGGAGAGCUUCAGCGACGACGAGCUCGCUAACGCCGGUUACUCCCCGCCAAUGUCGGAGUUUUCCAUCCCUGAUGACUCUGCCGCCGCGCAGAAGAAGUCGCGCAAGAACACCAAGAAGAGCGAGCCCGCCCAUCACCAGCACACCGCCCAGACUACCCAGCAGACCUCGACGGCUCCCACCUCGACGGCGCCCAGCACCACCUCCGAGGCCGAUGCCAAUGACUCCGGGGCGCCCACUCCCGCCAGCAACAGCAACGUGUCGCGCCGCGGUCGCAAGCAGUCCCUGACUGACGAUCCAUCCAAGACUUUCGUCUGCACGCUUUGCAGCCGCCGCUUCCGCCGACAGGAGCACCUCAAGCGUCACUACCGCUCUCUCCACACCCACGAGAAGCCGUUCGAGUGCUCCGACUGUGGCAAGAAGUUCUCCCGCUCCGACAACCUGUCGCAGCACCAGAGGACUCAUGGCGCCGGCACCAUGGUCAUGGGUGUCCUCACCCAGCCAGGCGAGCCUCAGAUGCAGCAGCCCAUUGAGUCAGUCAACGGCGGCGACGCUGGCAGCUUGAUCCGACCCAAGCAGGAGCAGCAAUAUCAGCAACCUCAGCAGCAUCAGUACCCUCAACAACACCGCGUGAGCCCUGAUGCCCAUGAGCUCGGCUCGAUGCUCUUCGAUGUCACUGCCCAGGUCGCUGGCUCCAGCUCAAGCAGUGUCGGCUACUCGGAUGGCGACUUCUCCCCCAACUCUGAUCGCAAGCCCGCGAAGAAGAGGAAGAGGGAAGAGUAG